GAAACUCUGCGUGUGCGCGCCAAUGUGCAUGUAUGCCACAUCAACAGCAAUAACCGAGUGGGCAGGAAGGAAAGGUUAUGGAAGACCAGGACCAAUCGAUCUGAUCUUCUCUUUGCCGACAGACCCAUUACCCCUGAUUAACAGAGGUGCAGUGCAGCAAUGCAACCCUUUAUUCCGCCGCGGAUAACGUUGAACGUAUCAGAGACUCAUACUAUGCUCUUCGUGCCCCGUUUUGUUCAAUAUCAAAUCACCAAUUCCCAAGUCUCCGGUGUAAUUGUGCUUAAUCCUCCAAUCAUCAGCGAAAGGAUCGGUCUAUUCAUGCAACCGUCGCGCUGGACAAUAAGCAGCCAAAUAGUCCUCUUACUGCACCAUCACAUCAUUGGUGACCAGGUCGCAUUCAGCCCGGUGAGAAUGCCGUCUUGAAGAUAUGCAGCAUUACGCUUCUUGCGUUGCUAACGCUGUGUAGAUUGACCAUGGGAAUAACCGCACAAUCUUGAUCACCAUGUAGCACAUACAUAAGGUUUGAGUGAGACGUCUUACAAUUGCCUUGCAUCAUAAGGCUUCGGCCAAACAGAUAGAUCAUUCGAUGAUGACCACCAAGAAAUUAAUACUAUUUGUCUCA